AACUGAUACUUGUAAAGAGCGAUUUCACGCAAUGUCUUCCUGGUGGAAAAUCAGGCGAAAGAAGUCGACUGCGACACUUCCUGGCAUUUUCUCGGAUAGCGCUUCACUAUACGCGACACGCCCGAGCCAGCAAGGUACACUAGCACUCCCUACGAAGAUCGAUGAAGUAGUUCGGGCUGUGCAUGAUUGCAUCCCAUCACAACUGCCCGGAGAAGAAGCGACUCAAGACGAUGUGCGUUACUUCCUGUAUCAGAUCUUGACUUUGAAGGAGUCUAAGUUUGCUCGCAAUUGCCCUCAAUGGGUGCUUGAGACUUGUAUGCGCUGGCAAGGAGACGGAUGUAAGCUGAGGUCGAUGCCGCUUGAUGCCUUCCAGCAGCUCUGUCCUCUGGGUCCAGGCUACGCCACGAUCGACUACAGGGGCUCCAAGUUCCAGGCACAGGAAAUUCCGCCAUGCGAUGUUCGACAAGCUAUUGGAAAUCGCAUCAGGCAGGUCGUCGCGGGCUUGAUGAAGAAGGAGACCGGUCAUCGAGGACCCGGAUCUGGAUUGCAUGAUUCGAGUGAUCUCAGAAGACCUGUUGCAGCCCUACCGAGAGAGAUGGGCAGAUUGCAGAGUCCUGCUCCUUCCCUGGAUCACAGAUUCCCGAUGCCUUCUUUUGCAGCUGCUCCUGGUUUUCCUGUUCAGAGCCCGUUUUACAAUUUCAGCAACCAGUCCCUGCCUCUGUUUCAUCAAAUACCACCUGUCGGUGUCCAGCAAAAUCCCUUGUAUAUGCAGCAUCGAGCCUCCUUCGCUGGCUCGCAAUACGGACCUCCCGUUGCAGAUCCGGUGCAACGAGUGCUCAGUCCUGAGGGCAGUGUAAAGCUUGUGCCGGAUGACAAGCCGUGCGACCAAGGUUCACCUCCACUCUCGUCCCCAGCCUCGCCUACCUCGUCAUAUUGUCAGACGGAAAGUAUUUCGUCUCGACUUAGCGAAUCGACUGCCAAAACGUCGCCUCCAAGCUCAGAAAGCGAAAAUAACUUCUGGGCUCCCAAGACAGACAGACCGUGUUCGAUUGCACAGCCCAUAACUGAUGUCCAAUAUACUUCACCGGGAAUGUAUCAAGUAUCCCCUUCACGUACGUCGACCGCGACACCAACUCGGUAUAAGGCGGGCCUCUCCUCCACAUCGGCUCAAGUCAACGGUCGAUCUUACGAUCCUAUACGUCGUAUGGCCCAUCUGCGUUCUGGAUCCUAUAGCAACACUUCAACGAUGUAUGCUCCGUCUGAAGCAUCCUUGACACCUUCCGACAGUGUGACCAACAAGUACAACUUUCGCCGAGAUUCCGCCAUGCCACCGGAAAUGAUGCAUUCCUUGCAGCGUCAAUCUUCGUUCUACCCGGCGACUGCAUCCAAUCCGUCUCGGUCUUCUACCCCACAAACCUACGUGACUCCACCACCUUAUCCACGCUCUGCCAGUGUAUCCACAAUGCAAGGCCCUAGUCCAACUCGGCUGGGCUCUGCAACUCCAAUGGUCCGCUCUCAAGGCAACUUGACGCGUCCAAUGAACAACUACAAGGUAGAUGCUCACGCGUUCGAAAUGGCUGAGCACGUCGGCAUCAAGUCCAUGCCAGGUCCGAUGCGUUCGCUGAGGGUCGAGACGGAAAGGAAUCGAGUGCUUACCCGGGGCAAGAGCGAAAGUGGACUCAACCAGCGCAUGAACAACUAUUUCAACAACGUCCGAGGCGGCGAAGAAUCUGUAGGUCCCUCCAUACGAUUCCAAAACCCUCGGACAGGACAGCCCAGGCUGACGAUAUACGAAACAAUAGAACAAAAAGAGAGGCUGGGGAAGCAACAUCUCGAGAGUCAGAGACGUGUAGAGAUGUGGCAAGGUCGCGGAUUGACAAUGUUCCAGACGAUUGAAGAGCAGGAGAUCCUUAAUGGGAGGCCUCAGCGCGGUGUGGACACGAGUGUGCAGGACAGCUGGACGAGCUAUUUCUGAGCACAAGACAAAGUUGGAGAAGCAGUCGCAUUCACUUGGCAAAGCAGCCAGCGGCUCAACUUACGCAGGACACGUUGUAUAGUAUGUUGGUUGAAGAUGAGGAGCACCACAGCCGAAACGCAGCUGAUGCGCGUGCGCAUCA